CCUCGACGUCCAUCUUCACUCAAAGGCGGCCACAAUUAAGCUGUAUCUGCUGCACGUUGAUCACUCAUCGAUACCCACCAUGUCCGAGAACACGGUUUCGAAGAGGACGUCGCGAUUGAACGUUCACUUCGAAGAUGGACCUCAGCCUGGGGAGGAGGACGACUCCAGAGUUAUGCAUGCGACUGUCGCAACGAAUCCAACUACCCCCACUUCUGCAUCGCGGUGGCAUGAGCACACCCUUAUAAUAUGGAGAGAUGCAGCUCCCAAUGUCAACUGCAAGGCGGCUGAUCCCAUCUACCUGCUUGGCUACAUCUUGGACCCUUCCAAGAUCUACGCAUCUUAUGUUGAGCAGAGGGCACAAAAAGGGACAAAGGAGGCAACCCUCAACGCCUACCUGGAUGAUCUUCAAAGAUCGAUGGGUAUAUGUCUAGAUAACGGCCUCAAAAAGAUCAUGAUCAACGAUGAGGAGACCUGGUUGAUCUUCGCGGCCUCGUCGAAGCGCAAGGAAGAUAUUUUGGCCUGUGCCAGUGAUGAGGAAUUUGUGGAUCGGCUCAAAGAAGCCGUCGACAGCGACAACGACCCCUGGAUCAUUACCUGCAUGAUCUGCCCUGCCUGAAUUCUACUGGGAUAGUUCGCUCACAUUCAACUGGGAGCUUGGCGUGUGCAGAAGUACGGUUGCUUCGGGAAUAUGGUGUUGUUUCAAAUGAGGGAUCUCCCGCUAUGACCGCAUUA